AUGAGCGAAGAUACAAAGAGUAUAGACGGAGCGUCUUAUGCUGAGCAGAUUCUAGAGGCAGCUAGAAGAAACAACACGGAAUUGUUAUUGUCUAUUAAGGCAGAUUUGAACAACGAUCAAGAGAAGCUAUCUAAGUUGAUAAAUGAUACUCGUGAAAAAAUUAGUCAAAACUCACCAUUGCAUAUUGCUUGUCAAUUAGGAAACUGGGAAUUCAUAGAUAUAGUUUUGGAUAUAGAGGGGGUUGAAAUUGAUCCAGUUAAUCGAGAGGGAGACACUCCGCUUCACUUAGCGGUGAAAUAUACCACUACAGAGCCAGAACACGGCUACUUUAUCGUUGAUAACUUAUUGGAUGCCGGGUCGGAUCCAAGAAUUAAAGACAAGAGCAAUUUAAAGCCCAUUGAUUAUGCUAGUAAAGAUAACGUCAAGUUAAAGGAGUUGUUAGAAAGCUCAGAGUAUGCCAUCUCUAUGGAAGAAGAAGCACCGGAAGAAUUAGCUUCGACUGAAGAUUUUGAGGACGGGGAUGAUGAUGACGAAGAUGAGGAAGGAACUCCCUCUGACUCAGAUUAG